AUGAUUGUCAAAUCAAUUUCGAAUGCAUAUUUUAAAUAUUUCAACUGUGUAAAUAAUUUUUCUCAGUGUAAACUGAGUAAAAGAUUUCUGAACGUGAGUGAGUACAUUGGAAUGACAAUUUUGAAGCGAAAUGGCGUUAGAGUUCCAGAAUUCCGUAACGCUACAACGCCUGAAGAGGCGUUUGAAGCGGGAAAAUCCAUACAGCAACUCACAAACACACCGGAAUUAGUAGUGAAAGCGUUAGUUCUAACCGGCGGCAGAGGUAAGGGCACGUUUAACACCGGAUUUAAAGGCGUUGAAAUUGUUAAAUCGCCCUCAGAAGUCUCAGCCUGUGCCAGAGGAAUGCUCGGGAAUUACUUAACCACAAAGCAAACCGUGGGCAAAGGUUUACUAUGCACAGAGGUCCUAGUGGCUCAGAAAUUAAGCAUUAAAAGUGAGCGAUACUUAAGCUUUACGCUGGACAGAGGCUCCGGCGGGAUUGUGGCAAUUGCCACAAAACACGGCGGAGGAAAUGUUGAAGAAAUUGCACACCAACAUCCCGACGCUGUUCUGACACUACAAAUCUCACCACUGACGGGGCUAACCCCCGAGUUAACUGAGUUGCUAGUGAAACAACUGUCAUUUAGCAAUGAAGUUACGGAACAAGUUAAGAAAACUGUACAGCAACUCUAUGACACAUUUGUAAAAUCCGACGGGACACUACUCGAAGUUAAUCCUCUCGUAGAAACUCAUUCAGACGUUAAAUCAUCACCUACUCAAUCUGUUGAAUCAUCUGCGAAUUCAUCUGUUGAAUCAUCUGUGAAAUCAUCUGUUAAAUCAAAUGUGAUGGCGUGUGAUGCGAAAUUGAUUGUUGAUGACAAUGCGAAGUAUAGACAGAGUGAAUUGUUUGAUAUGACUCCGGUGAUCAGAACAAAGGAGGAAGAGGAGGCGGACCGUGCUGGGUUAAAUUACAUCUCAUUGGAUGGCAAUGUGGCGUGUAUUGUGAAUGGUGCCGGGUUGGCAAUGGCGACGAUGGAUUUAAUCCAACACCACGGCGGGAAAGCGGCAAAUUUUCUCGACGUCGGCGGUAACUCGACGCCGGAAACCUUGUCAAAAGCGUUGGAAAUUGUUAACUCAGACCUUAGGGCUAAGGUUCUGCUGGUGAACAUUGUCGGGGGGAUUGUGCGGUGUGAUAAAUUUGCCGAGUCUUUUGUCGAGGCAAGUAAGAAAUUAAGCAGACAACUGCCUGUGGUCAUUAGACUACAAGGCACGAGAGCUGAAAGCGCCAAGAAAUUACUCAACGAGUCGAAUAUUCCACACCUUUUCUGCACCGAUUUCGAUUCCGUUUGCAAAUCAGCCGUCGAAAUUGCCAACACCAAUUAA